AACAAAAAGCCAUGAUAGCUUCUCUUCUAAGGUCUGCAGGAUCCUAAGACCAGAAACGCAAGCUGUGGGACAGAAGGUGGCUUGUGGCAACAAAGGCAUAUCAGGACCCACAAGAAGCCACCCAGCUGCUCAGUGCCUCCGGCCAAAGCCUUCCUCUGAAGAAGCCCUGCUUGAGUUGAGGACAGAAGGAGCCAAGAGGGACAUGAUGCUGCUCGUGACCCACGUGCUAGCCUUCGGUGCUUGGCUGGUGGCACACAGCAAGGCUACACCAAGUGCCCCCACAAUCUCCAUCUUCCUGAAGCCACCUGGGGUGAUCCCACCCGGAGGCUCCACCACCAUCUGCUGCAGUUGCCAGGGUGACAAUGGGAACUUCGUGCUGUACAAGAAGGGCCACCAGCUCCGUAGCCUGGAGCUCCGUGGCAGCAGGGCUGAGUUCUCCAUCUCUAAUGCCACGCAUGAGGACACAGGUCCCUACAGCUGCCAUUACAUGGAUGGAGACACUGUGCUGGCUCGCAGUGAAACUGUGGAUGUCAUGGUGGAAGAGUUCCGUCUCCCCAAACCUGUCCUCUCUGUCCUGCCUGGGCAUGAGGUGGUUGCAGGAUCUUACGUGACUUUCCGUUGCACCAUCGCACACUCCAGUGCUGGCUGUUUUCUGUACCUGGAGGGCCAGGUUAAAACCCUCAGCUUACUCUCAAAGGAACAAGAUGAUUUCAACCUCUCCCAUGUGCAUAAAGGCAACGGGGGCCGCUACAGCUGCCAGUGUUUCACCAGGGGUGCUUCAUUCGAAUGGUCUGCUGUCAGCAAGACCCUGGAUUUGGUAGUGAGAGAUUACACCUGGAGCAAUGUGGUGCGCCUGGCCCUGGGGGCUGGGGUCCUGGUCCUGCUGGGGCUGAUCAUGGCUGAGGCUGUGCACAGCCACCAGUGCAGGCUGAGGCCCUGCUAGGACAGGGCACAGCUCCCCUCUGCCUCAGUGGGACAGAUGGCUGUGCUGCCCCAGCUGCUGGAGCUGGAGGGGCCAGCACGCUCCCCACACACAGUGCUCCCCGUGACUGGGACCAGUAAGGGAACACUGGGAUUCCCCUCCAGCACAUCACAGUGGGAUAAAUAAACUGUCCCUCCCCAUC